UAAGACGAAGCUUACCUUCAUUUUAAUUGGAUUGGUUGGAUGUUGUGUUGAUAGAAGUGCUGUACGAAUAGUGAUAUCAAAAACACAAUCGAACCCAUCUUUUAUAGCGCCUCCUACCGGUAGUCCAAAACGAAAGGAAAACUCCGUCGUCAAGGUCUGACAAAAGGCCGGAAAAGCGUCACGUUCGGCUCGUUAUAAAAGCAGACGAUCAUUGGGACAAACGAUCACAGUUCACUUGCAACGUUUUCGCGAUCAUAUCCAAUCGAUCAACGCACUCAACUGUGACCAUGAAGGUAUUCAUCGCGAUCGCUGUGUUGGCUCUGGCCACCGUCUCCCAAGGAUCAUAUCUGCCAGCGGUGCAGUCGGUCCUUCCGUACGCCUACAGCUCUGGCCUCCAUGGGCUGGGUGCCUAUGAUGGUCUGGGUCAUUACUCGUCGCUCGGUGGACUGGGAUACUCGUCCGUGCUGGACCAUGGCCUCUCCUACCCGUACUCGGCCGCUCUUCCGUACUCUGGCUACAACAACGGUCUGUAUGGCGGAUACUAUGGCGCCAAGUACGCCCCAACUGUGGUCCAGGCCAACGUUAACACUCUGAAGACGGUCAGCCCGCUGGGUCUGUAUGGAGGAUACUACGGCGCCAAGUACGCUCCGACUGUGGUCCAGGCCAACGUGAACACUCUGAAGACGGUCAGCCCACUGGGUCUGUAUGGAGGAUACGGAGUGGAGCACGGAUACGGACUCGGUCACGGAUACGGCUACGGAUACAACAACUACCUCCCAGUCCAGGGUCAUGCUGCGAAGUACGUUGCUGCCAACCCGGGAGCCGUCCAUGUGGCCCCUCUGCCAGGCCAUCUCGUCAACCAGAAGUCGAUUGUGGCGUAAAUGACUGUGAUCUCAAGCAAAUGUAUGUGAAAUUGUAAAUAAAUGGAAUAUUUAA